AGCAAAGAGAUAAGAAGACCGUAAAUGGGUCAGUGUUUUGAAAGCUAUGCUUCUGCCUUGGACUCUUAUCUGCUAUUUCGGGUUCCCAAAUAUUAAGCUGCCCUUAGUUUGUUUCAAGCACUGGUUGCCUGCUGGUCGUGGAAAAUGCCUCUGGUUUUCAUAUUGCUGAUCCUCGUGCUGGGUUUCGUAGGAUACGUCGCCUAUGUGGUCCACAAAAAGGGCAUCGAUCCUAAGGACAUACGCAUUCACAGCCUGCAGGACGCCAAGAAGCUGCUGAAGCCUCCGCCAAGUGGAAGUGGACCCCACCAAUACCUGGAAAAAAGGGCAUGAGGUCUUGUUUACGGAA